AUGACUAACCUUCAUAAGGCAUGGCAUGCUGAAAAAAUCAUAAUCUAUACUGACAUAGAUAUGGAGCCAUUGGCAGUUGAGUAUCCUGAUGCAGGGGGAGUGGCAGAUGGUGGUGUAGGUGGUGAUGGAGGGGGAGUGGCAGAUGGUGUAGGUGGUCAUACAGGUGGUGAUGUAAGUGGUGAUGCAGCAAGGGUUGAAAUAGAAUUGGAUAGUGAUGAUAAUGAAGAUGAUAAGAAUGAUGAUGAGAAUAAUGAUGAGAGUGAUGAUGAAGAAGAUGUUAAGGAUGUUGACAUUGAUGCAAGAGAUGAAGAACAGAAUGUUGAAGGAGAUGAUGAUGAUGAUGAUGAUGAUUGGCUAAAUGAAGGCCUAGAGGGGGAUAACUUUGGUGAUGAUAUAUUUGCUGCUCAAAACUCAGCUCCACAAGACCCUGAGUGGGCUGAGCCAGCCCUUGAGGAUGACCUGGUAAGCAUGGAUGGGUCUGAUGAUGAGCAGGUACCUGAGCAAGUAGAGUUUAAUGCUAAAAGUGACAUGAGAAAUGUUGUACUGAAGAAGGAGAUGAAGUUCCGUAAUGCAAAGGUGUUCAGAGCUGCUUUGAGGGAGUAUGCAAUCAAACAACCUAUUAACAUCAAAUUCAAGCUUAAUGAGAGGACCAAGAUAUCAGUUCACUGCAGGAAUGGGUGUGGGUGGAGAUGUUAUGCAUCUCAAAUAAGUGGAGAGCUAACAUUUCAAAUUAAGACCUUGACUGAUGACUGUACUUGUCCUAAGUCUUUUAAAAACAGCCAAGCAACAUCAGCUUAUGUUGCUAAGAGAUUCAUUGAGGAUUUUAGCAAAAAUCCAAAUUGGGAGGUGAGUGGUGUACACAACCAUGUGAUGCAAAAUUUAUCUGUUGACCUAAGUGUAAACCAAGUGUAUAGGCCAAAGAAAAAGGCAAAGGAUUUGAUAAAUGGAGAUGAGCAACUGCAAUAUGGUGUCCUUAGGGACUAUGCACAAAUGAUAACCACUGUAGACAAGGGGAGUAGGGUUAUACUACAGACAGAAAUGGCUAAGGAGACUUCCCAGCCAAAAUUUAAGAGAAUGCAUGUUAGGUUCAAUACUCAGAAGGUAGGAUUUUUAGGUGGAUGCAGGCCAUUUAUAGGUUUAGAUGGUUGUCACUUAAAGCACAGAUUUGGUGGGCAAAUCUUAUCUGCCACUGCCAAGGAUGCAAAUGACAACAUUUUUCCAGUAGCCAUGGCUGUUGUGGAACAAGAAACCAGGGAGUCUUGGAUAUGGUUUUUGGAAAUUUUUGCUGAUGAUAUAAGGAGGCCAGAGGAGCUUCAGUUGGUCUUUAUUUCUGAUAGGCAAAAGGGGCUUAUACCUGCAAUAGAGACACUAUUCCCUACCGUGGAGCAUAGAUACUAUGUGAAACACAUCUACAACAAUUUCAAAGUUGAUCACAAGGGAUUGGAGCUGAAGGAUGCAUUGUGGAGGUGUGCUGCUGCCACAACAUGGACAAGGUCACACUUCACUCGUAGGGCCUUAACAGAUUGUUUGGUAAAUAAUUUGAGUGAGUCUUUUAAUGCAAUGAUAUUGAAGUCUAGGGACAAGCCUAUCUUGGCAAUAUUGGAGUGGAUUAGGGUUAGACUUAUGACUAGGCUUUACACAAAAAGGGAAGGGAUACAGAAGUAUGCUGGAAAGUUGUGUCCAAGCAUACAAGAUAGGUUGGAGAAAUUGAAGGUUGAAAAUAAGGCAUUUAGUGCUAACCCAACUGGUAGUUUCCUUUAUGAGGUAGGCAGUCAGUAUGAGAGGCAUAUAGUUAAUUUGGUGAAGAAGACAUGUAGCUGUAGGUCUUGGGAUUUAAAUGGCAUUCCCUGCAAACAUGCCAUAACAGCCAUUUAUAUAAACAUUGAGACACUAGAAGACUAUACCCACCCAUGCUACUUCAAAGAAACUUACAUGGAGAUAUACAAGGAGGUACUUCCUCCCAUGCCUGGCCAGUCAAAAUGGGCUGAGACUGGACAGCCUGCUCCCCUGAUACCUCACAUAUACAAACCACCAGGCAGACCACCCAAGCAAAGAAAGAGGGCUUCUGAUGAGCCUAGGAACCCUUACAAAGCAAGUAGACUGAACAGACCUGUAAGAUGUGGGAAAUGUAAAAAGGAAGGGCAUAAUUCAAGAGGGUGCAAGGCUAGCAUCAUUAGGGAGACACCAUGGCAGAGGAGACAGAGACUUCAAAGAGAAAAGGCUCCUUCACAUGCAAAUGGGAGCACUGGUGGUGUGAGGACUAGAGGACAGCUUGCUGCACAAAGGCCACCAAAAAUGAAUCCAGUGGGUGGAAAGAGGAAAGAGUAA